AUGGAGAGGCGCAUAGGGUUGUAUAACAGAGCGCUCUUGGGGACCAAAGCUGACAGCCAGACAUUGGACAAGGAGUCCGGGCGGUGGGUGGUGUCGAUGACGCAGGACCUGGGGCCGAAGCACGGCAAGCGGAGCAUUACUGUCAAGGCGCAGUUCGUGCUCUUCGCUACUGAGGUUUUCCACAUGCCCAAGGUUUCGCGCCUGCCCGGCUUGGGCGAAUGUAUAGCGGCGGGCAAGGUCAAGGUUAUCCGCACGUUGGGUUGGGACUACAAGAAAAUGGUCGGGACUCAGGAAGUGCUGGCGGCGGCCAAAUGGGCCAAGCACUUUCAGCACAUCUUGAGCGAGAUGCUGUACGCUGAUACAGAUAUCGUGGACGACGCCUGGACGCAUACUCCCGCAACACCAGGCCUGAUUGGCAGUCGUGGCAAGGGCUUCAUAUAG